AUGGACGGGCGACCUGUCAGAUCCAUUUCAAUUUCACCUGACGGCCAAAGGAUUGCCGUCAUUUCUGCCGAUGGUGUUGCUAUCAUCGAUUGGACUCUUCAGGAAACCUUGGAAUAUUACAAAUUCGAUUUAUCUCGUUCACCAGAUAUUGCUAAUGGUUAUUACUGGUCAUGGAGUCAUCUCACUGUACUCGAUAUUCAUUGGGAUGGUUUCACACUCCAUCAUUCAUCACACCAACACCAACCCAGUCUCCCCAAUUCUCAACUAUCCCCUGCAUACAAAUUAUUCCUCUCCCCAGACAGUCGUCAUCUCAUUACUGUACACGAAUCUAACCAAGUCUAUUUAUGGGAUGUCAAGUCAGGUCAUCAAAUCCAAUUGCUUAAUGAGCUUCCCUCGGGGUUCUCUCGAAAUGUUCAGAUUCAACAUGCACCAGAUUCUUCCUGUGCACUUUUAUGGAAUGAAGAUCAACUCGCUGUGCUGUGGAUUUCUUCCUGCCUCUUCCAGCUUCUUCCACUCCCAGUCAACAACUGUAAAAACCCAGGCACAUCACAAUCAAAGUCAAAGAUCCUUGGCUCAGCCUUCUUCCCCAGUUCCAAUCGCAUCCUGAUCAUAGAAUCCAGUGGAAGCAUGUCUAUAUUGUUACUUGACAAUAUGGCCUAUAAGUCGAUGCCCUCAUCACAUUUUCCAUUGAAGACACUUAGAGAUUUGACAAUCUCUCCCAUGGAGCAUCUUAUUGUGAUAUGCAGUGACAUUGGGCUAAGUGUGCAUGGAAUCGAUCAAGACAUUCACCAAACUCCACUAUCGUCAGCAAUGGUCAUGGUAGCCAAGUCCUCUCCAAAUGAUGCUCAUAUAUAUGUGGUCGAGACCACAAUAGAAAGAUGGAUGGUCUCACAUGUCAAUACCUCAAACUGGGCUGUUCAAAGGAUUUAU